CGCCUGCGCUGUCUCUCGGGCGCCAAAGCUCGGGGCCGUUGACAGCGAGGUUAGCCAGCGUUGAGUGUUGGCCAAGAAGAGGCGGGCAGCCAGUUUUAAGUGGUCUAGAAUCUUUACGCCCACUCCACAAAAUUCCCCUCUGAUCGGCGGCUGUUCCGCCAAAUACGCGGAGCUGUCUUCCAUCGUGUUGAGCUCCUGAGGCCGCCUGCGCCGGGUGGAAGCUGGGAAGACGGGCCGGCCUGGGGUUUUUGGCGGGAUGCCUCGGGCAGCACCAUCGAGGGCCCAGGCUGCACCGUAGUUUGCGAACUCAUUGGGCGUAUUGGGGCAAGUGAAUGGACCAGGUGGUGUCUCCGAGCUCAUGGCGGUCAUCUCAGUUCCUUACCAGCGGGCUGGACUAAGGCUCCCACUGCAGGCAGACCUCCGGAGCAGACUGUUGUCAGAAAGCUUCGACCUUUGCUGAUGGAGCUUGGAGCUGAGCGCGGGAGCGGGCCCCCCCGCUGUCCGUUCACUAGAAUGUGUCGCCCCUUCAUCUAACAUACCUCGCCAAACCGGAAAGGGCCGAUUCGAUUUAUUCUACCAGACAUUCAAACGUGGGUCUCACUGUCCUUCUACUUUGCAGUUAACAGGUUUACAACCCGGGCUAAGCCAGAAGAGCCAACGCGGGAUCCCGCAGGCCCACCCCUUGUCCUUCGGGCCAAGAAUGCUGCAAAAACGCUACGCGGUCUGAGCCUCGCGGCUCUCUGUACCUGAGCCCCGGCGUGGACACUUCCCGCGCUUUCUGGUGUGAGGGGUCAGAGGGCGCGCCGCCGCGCAGGCGCACGGAGCCGAGGCCGCGACGGCCAUGGGCGAGGCGGGCGCCUCUGAGGAGGCCUGCCGGCACAUGGGAACUAAAGAAGAAUUUGUUAAAGUCAGAAAGAACGACCUGGAACGUCUGACAACUGAAGUGAUGCAAAUCCGGGACUUCUUACCCAGAAUACUAAACGGGGAAGUACUGGAAAGCUUCCAGAAAUUAAAGAUUGUAGAAAAAAACCUGGAAAGGAAAGAGCAAGAAUUAGAGCAACUGAGGAUGGACCGUGAGCACUUCAAAGCCCGCCUGGAGUCUGUGCAGGCGGACAGCCUGAGGGAGAAGAAGGAGAAACUGGCUCUUCGACAGCAGCUGAACGAAGCCAGGCAGCAGCUCCUGCAGCAGGCAGAGUAUUGCACGGAGAUGGGAGCGGCUGCCUGCACCAUCUUGUGGGGCGUGUCCAGCAGCGAGGAGGUGGUCAAGGCCAUCCUGGGGGGGGAUAAAGCUUUGAAGUUUUUCAACAUCACUGGUCAAACAAUGGAGAGUUUUGUGAAGUCACUAGAUGGUGAUGUCAAGGAGCUGGAUUCUGACGAAAAUCAGUUUGUUUUUGCUUUGGCUGGAAUCGUAACAAAUGUUGCUGCCGUCGCAUGUGGCCGGGAGUUCCUGGUUACCUCAAGCCGCGUGCUCUUGGACACCAUCCUGCAGCUUCUGGGAGACCUGAAGCCGGGACAGUGCACCAAACUCAAAGUGUUAAUGCUGAUGUCCCUGUACAACGUGAGCAUCAACCUGAAGGGCCUGAAGUACAUCAGUGAGAGCCCAGGCUUCAUCCCUCUGCUCUGGUGGCUGCUGAGUGAUCCGGAUGCAGAGGUGUGUCUCCACGUGCUGCGACUUGUCCAGUCCGUGGUUCUGGAGCCGGAAGUCUUCUCCAAGGCGGCGUCUGAGUUCCGGAGCUCCCUGCCCCUGCAGCGCAUCCGGGCCAUGUCUGAGAGCCGCAACUCCCACCUGCAGACCGCGGCCCGGGAGCUCUUGGAGGACCUCCGCGCUCUGGAGCACGACGUGUAGGGCCGUGCGACCUGGCCUGCCUGCUUCCCCCGGUCCCCGCGCUGUAUUCGUUUCUAAAACCACCAGUUGUGUGCCCCAAGCUACUGGUGGCAAAGUGUGAUUGACUAGAGAUGGAUGUGAAUUGAUACGUAUCUCCAGAACUUCCUCCUGGAAGGGAACAUACUUGUGGGUCGACCUUGCCAGAGGGGAGCCUGGGAUAGGGGACAUUCUUCUGGAAAGGCCCAUGUCAGCGCGCCCAGAAGGGGCUUCUCGUAGCAGCUCCCCUGCCCAGGAGACUCAGACCUCUAGGCCCCCCAAGAAAAGAGGGAGGUUAAGUAACCACCUACCCUGCUGGUCAGCGUUUCCCUGGGAUACAGUUUUUGGAAAACAAUUCAUUCUCUCUCUAAUAAUUACAGUUAAUCCUCCCAAAUUCAAGUUUACCUUCAAACCUUUUGGUAAACCUGCUAUUUCGGAUGACAUUGGACAUUUUAGUUCCAUAUUUUUGUGCCGCUUUUAUUUUUGAAUAAAGGAAGUUGGAAGAGUCA